GGAGGGGCUUAGGGUGAGGCUAAGUUUGUGUCUCGCCCGAUCGAUCCUUCCUGUCACUCCGUUCAGACACCAAGUAACAGGAAGUCUAUGGACGGCUUUCUCCGCACGGUGACGAGGGGGGGCUCCCCCCCACUGGGGGGCUCCUCCACCCUGGCGCUGCCCCCCGCGGGCUCCAUGGGGGGCGAUGCGGUGGGGGGCAGGGAGGGACAGAGGGUCCAGGAACAGGUCUCGCUCAUGAUGGGCAGGCGUGGGAACAUCACUCCCAGCACGCUGAAGAACAAGUCGCGAAUGAGGAGCCAGAGGGCCAUCAGCGUGUGGGAGACGGGCGGCUUUGACAGUCGUUCCGCAACCUUCACCUCUCGCAGCCUGGGUUCGGCCUCUGGUGGCGCGCGGGUGUCUCGUCCGCGCUCCGUCGCCGAGACUCAGUGGGGAGGGGCUGGCGUUGCGUUCGCGGCGGGGGGAGGAGCCUCCACGUUGGGGGGGGGGCGCCGCUCGGCCCCGCCCCCCGGGCCCCCCAGGACACGCCCCUCCAGUCUCCACGUGUCUCCGGGAGCGCCGGUUCAGAGACUCGACGUGUCCCCGCUCGAACUGAGCCCCCCGCCGCGGCUGUACAUCCAACGCACCUCGAUGCGUGACAGCUUGGGGCAGGGCACCCUCAGCCACAGCAGCAGCUUCAACAACUCCGCCACCACCGGCACCACCGCCUCCUCCGCAGCCUCGGGCGGGGCCUACGGCAACAGCCAGUACCAGCACCAGUACCAGCACCAGCACCACCACCACCACCACGGGCGGCAUCACCACCACAGCGGUGGUGGUGGUGGUGGUGGUGUGGUCACCACGCUGGGUCGACAUGGAACUCUGGGUCACGGAGGCUACUGCACCCUCUGCGGUGGUGGCGGUGGUGGCGGUGGUGGUGGUGGUGGUGGCUUUGGUGGUGGUGGCGGUGGUGGCUUUGGUGGCGGUGGUGGUGGUGGCUUCUUUGCAGGUAGCCUUGGAACUGCUGUCACUGGGCCCGCUGGCGGUGAUGGAGGGGGCGGUGGUGGCCAGGGUGGACAGUGGAUCUAUGAGGACGAUGACUCCGGAUCCGCUGCUGCUGCUGCUGCUGCUGCUGCUUUUGGUGGUGGUGGUGGUGCUGGUGGUGGUGCCGGUGGUGCCCAGGAGAUCGUUGAGGUGGAUGCUGUUCGCCCAUUGGACGCGGCCGUCAUGGAGAUGCAGAAGAGCGAGGAGAUUACCGUGGAUAGCUCCAAGACCUCUCGCGUGGUGACCAAGCGUUCAGUCAAGGGUGCUAAUAUGAAUGGAUUCAGGCGCGCCUCUGUAGACGUGAAGGACAUGACACUGGAGCGAGCUAUCGAGAUGGUGGCCCAGCGACAGAACCUGGCCAUGGCCACGGCAUACAUCCAGCACCACGCGUACCAGAACCAGGCCAACAAGGACACAGUGUAUCAGCUAUCAGGAAUCCGCCACCUCGUGAGCCUGCUGGACGAGUCGGCGACGUGGUCCGACGCGUCGGCUGGGGGCCUCGAGGAGCUGCGGGAGGUCCGAAGCGGCGCGUGCGGCGCCCUGCGCAACCUCGUCUACGUGGACGGCCGCAACAAGGAGGAGACACGCAACGCCGGGGGCGUGGAGGUGCUGGCCAACGUGCUGGGCUCUAGCGGAGACGCCGAGACGCUGAGACAGGCGUCAGGCGCCCUGUGGAACCUGUCGUCCAUGGAGUCCCUGAAGGAGGAGAUUGUGACGAGCUCGCUGGACGUGUUGGUGCGCAAGGUCCAGGGCACGCCCGGGAGCCCCAAUCCUGACGCGGAAGUCUUCUACAACGUCACGGGCUGCCUGCGGAACCUGAGUUCUGCAAGCCAGGAGGCACGUGGGCGCAUGAGGGAGAGCCCGGGCCUGAUAGACUCACUCGUCAAGUUCACCAACAGCGCAGUAGAACACGGCACCAUCAACGAGACGGCCCCAGAGAGCCGCGUGCGAGCGAGCGUGGAGAACUGUGUGUGCACGCUACGCAACCUCACGUACCGCUUGAGCGACGAGGCCGGACCCAGCGUAGCUGCUCAGCUCCAGGCGCAGCCCAACAGCAGCAACCCCACCACCACCACCUCCCCCUACUCGCCCUCCUCCUACUCGCCCUCCUACUCGCCCUCCUACUCGCCCGGCGUGGCCCCCAGCGACUACGAGGAGCCUGGCUGCUUCAGCUCACGGAGCCGUGCUGCCAAGGAGGCUGUGGAGCCUCAGGACGUAGAGUUCACGAAGUCUCCGCGUGGGGCUCAGUGGCUGUGGAACCCCCAGGCGGUGCGCCUCUAUGCGGAGCUCCUCAAGACGCGGGGGGCCCCCCCCGCCCCACAGCGCGCGGGGGGGGGGGGCCCCCGACAACCUCCGCGAGGGAGCAGCGGGGGCCCUGCAGAACGUCACCGCGGGCAACUCGGGGGCUGCCCGCACCCUGGGGAAGAUUUUACUUCAACAGUUUGGUGCGGGGCCUGUCCUGGCUCAGAGCCUCAACCCGGACCUGGACACUCAAUCACUCAGCGCGGCCUCUUGCCUGGUCCGCAACCUGUCACGCUCACCCUCCAACAGGGCUGAGCUUGCCAAGCACGUGCUCUCCCCACUCUGCGCGUUGCUGCCACCCAUCGUCAGUGGAGGAGGUGGAGGAGGUGGUGACGAGGUGACGAGCACGUGCCUCUACUCGCUCUCCGCUCUCAUGCUGGACGAGGCCGCAGCCC